AUCGUGUACUGAUGACAACGAUAAAACAAGCCGACAGCGAUAAUUUGCACCAAACUUAGUCGUAAUUUUGAAGAAACUCCACAUCAUCGAGCUGAAAGAAAAAAGUAUUUUAAGGCUGAAUGUUGCUGAUGUAUACCACACGUUAUGAAGACUGGCGGAUUGUUAUUUAGUGUGUGUGUUUGCUUAGCUAUCCUGCUCCUCAUAGAUUGUAUAAGUGAGGCACAUUCAGCGAGGGUGCAGUACCAGUACAAGAAAUACACUUACAGAAAGAAGAGAGAUGAUAAAAUCUAUAAGAAUGCUAAGCAGCCGUGUGAUGUGAAUCCAGAUUGUCUUGCAAAGCGAGGAGCAGAGCAAGCUAUUUGUAUACGCCAAUGCAUCUCAGAUUUCUGUUACAAAGAUAUCUACUCAGCAGACGAGCUUGAAGAAGGUGAAAUUGAUGUUAGACUGAAUUCCUUCAAAGGUUGUGUUGCGCAAAGAAAAUAGAGGUUCACAGACUUACAAAAUAUAUUCAGUUCCAAUAGUGUACAUAUCGUUCUGUCAAUUUGCUAUCUUUCUUGUUAAUGAUUUUACCUAAUGUUUUAAUUUCUGUCAAGAACACAAGAAAUAAUUUUUGCUUUACUGCUAGCAUCACUCAUAAAUAAAAGCAGCUUUCUUGCCAAAGAAAAGACAUAAUAGAGCAGUGUUUGUA